AUGGCGGGCAAGGCGUCAAGUUGCCUGGCUGCCUGUCCUGAGUUACAGCUUCCUGCUAGCACCGUCGCAUAUCUGGACUCCGUACUGUCGGAACUCACUGCUGAAGAGACAGAAGACUAUGCUGUCCUGCACGCUCUUCUCGAGCCUUUUCUCUUGGAUGCAUUGAAGCAGAACGGGCGCGAGACACCGCACAAUAGUACGAGCGAUGCCAAGGUGGAGCGCAUGUGUCGAUUGCUCUACAACCAACUCAGAAAGGCAACGACGAACAAUUCGCGACGACAGCUGGGUGAGAUCCCUCAAAUCUCGGCUGCCUUGCGGAAAGCCGCUGCUUCAGUCUCAGACAGGUUACAACUCUCAACAGAUUUGGUAGACAGCUUGGCGAUUUCCCUGGCAGCGAUGACGUGGGCCGAGAUUUCCGUUGAUGGCAAGCCUUGCGAUCAUACAAUGGCGGAGAUCUUGGAGCCCUCACUACAGGAGGCUUUCCACGACUGUGGCGAUUGGCCUGCAAGUGAGGACACGGAAAGAGCAAGGUUGAUGGCGGCAGCCCUUCUGAAGCAGCUUUUGGACGACUAA